UGCUUUUGUUUUAAAAGAUCCAUCCUUUGUGUUGCGGGUUUUAUACCAGCAGAUUAUCAAUUUUAAUUCGAGGCGACAUUUAAAAACACCAAUUAACCUCCCAAUCAUUCCGUCUUCGUCACAAUCCCGCCUUAUUUCGCUCCCUAGUUUCCUCAUUACGCACUUCCUUUAGGCUGCAUUUUCUCAGCAAGGGUUUACUUUGAUUUGUUCCUUUCUCAUACGGAGACGGGCAGGAUAUUAAAUGAGCAUUUCGUAUGACAAUUAGGUCCACUUUAGUUGUUAGUGUAUUUAAAUCUGUCGAAUUAGAGACGAUUUACGCGGAAAUUUUGUUGUGAUUCAUGUUACAGGACAUGGAUAAGUUAUCUUUUUGGAAUGACUUAACUACAGUUCGCGAGAAAAACGGGGAAAUACGCAUUGGCAGCAGUCGACUGAAGAAAAUAAGUGUGGUAACGCGAAUAAAAUCCAAACAGAGUCGGAAAAAUUGUUAUUGUUCUCAGCAACCGCAAAGUGGUUUUUUGUUGGAAUAUUAUGUGUAAAAUUAGUUGAUGUUGCCGCUUUUAUCUUCUGAAGAAAACCCUAAUCGCACUUGAACUUUGAUAACAAUAGGAUAUUUCCCAAUGCUUAAAACUGGAAAUGGACUGCCACCUAACACGUAUUGACAUGGGCGACUAUUCUUAAAGUGGGGACGAAUAUCUGGAGGGGGGCACAUAGACCGACCAAUAACGCUGGAACUUAUGAUGUCAUCGGAGGAGGAGACUGAAUUCGGUUUGUACACAGAUAAGCUCCUGAAGAAAACCAAAAGAACUAGACAGCGCGUAGACGCCGGUGAGCCGCGUAACUCGUACUCGUCGAUCCCGAAUUUCAGUUCGCGUCCGACUUUUCUCGGUGGUGGCAACAACCUGUACGGCGCAAUUUUCACUCAACAGCAGCAGUUCGGUCUUUUCGGACCAGGGUUCGCGCCCGCUAAGAUGCUCAACGAGCUGCUGGGACGGCAGAAGGCCGAAGGCGGCGGUGAGGGAGGCGGCGAAGAAGGGAAGUUCGACUCGGUGAUCCGGUGCGACGGCAGCCCGCCCUCGGGCGAGCAACUGGCCCACCACAUGCUCCGGGACAUCCUGCAAGGCCGAAAACACGAGCUGUUAGCCUUGGAACACGACAUGCGCAACGGCCAGGACCACAUCAUCAACAACAACAACAACGAACCCAAGGCGGAACCAGAGCGCAACGACGUGGAAGUCGCCGCCGCCAUGAAGGAGUGCCUGGCCGAAGCGGGAGUUGGCGACCGGCAGCAGGCCGAACUGAUGGAGGAGGCCCUCAACGGCAUGGAAACCGAGUCGCUGCCGUCGCCAAAGGUGGAGCCUUCCAGUCCGGCCAAACCAGAAGACGCCAAGAAGGCGCGAGUCGAAAACAUUGUCUCAGGUAUGCGGUCCAGCCCGGCGCCGCCGCAAGUCAACGGUUGUAAAAAACGAAAACUUUACCAACCCCAACAACACGACAGCAAUGCGGAAAGGUAUAUCGACGACGAGGAGGAAGAAAGUGCGGAACCGAUAAGGCAGAAACGCGUCGAAAAGAAUUUACUCAAGUCACAGCUACGGACGAUGCAAGAACAGUUAGCCGAAAUGCAACAAAAAUACAUGCAGUUGUGUACGCGCGUUGAACAGGGGUCGGAGGAAAGUCAGGAAAUUGAGGAAAUUCCCAGUGAUAGUGAAAAUAGCAAACGAUCGGCACCGCCUUCGCCUAUAACCACAAGUACUCCCCCGAAUCAACCACCUCCGAGUUUAGCGCAGCAGGUGAGCAAACUUAAAAUAAGCCCUCCAGGACCUCCUUUCCAUAACGGUAUGUUACAUCACGAUCACCAGCAUAUGAGCAGUGCCGCCGCCAUGUACUUGGGCGUAAGUCACAAGUUUCUUAUGGAGCAAGAAGCUCGGCUUGCCAAAGAGGCGGCGGUGGCGGCAAUGAACAGCGAAUCGUCAGUACAACAAUCCCAACAGCAUCAAUCUCAUCAUUCUUCGCAAAAACCUGAAAACAUAGCUGAUAGAUUACACAUUAUGAGAAACAUGACACCGACAGGUACGGACUUGGAAGGCCUCGCCGACGCUCUCAAAUCCGAAAUUACCUCGUCUUUAUCAAAUCUGAUCGACUCGAUAUUGUCAAGGUUCGUCCAUCAGAGGAGAUGUAAACAAACAGAGGCAGCCACGGCCGCCGAACAACUCAAUAAAGACUUGAUGAUGGCCUCGCAACUGUUAGACAGAAAAUCGCCGCGGACCAAAGUAGCCGAAAGGCCGCAAGCACCGCCGCCCCCGCCCAACAACCAAAUGGUCAACGGAACGAGAGGGUGCCCUCCGAUGAUGCCCGUUCACAUGAAUAGCAUGCAGAAACCGAACGACCUCCACAUAAGGCCUCCGAUGUUUCAACCUCCUAAACCUCCGGCUAUAAGCCAAGCCCCCCUCUUUGGAAUGAACCACCCGUUUUGCGUGUCCAAGCAAGAAAACCCCGAGCAAAACGAAGCGCUUAGCCUCGUGGUGACGCCGAAGAAAAAGAGGCACAAGGUGACGGACACGAGGAUCACUCCGAGGACGGUCAGCAGGAUCCUGGGGCAGGACGGCAUCGGCAUGUCGCCCGCCUCCAUGGAGCCGAACACGUGCAGUUCGCCGCGACCGCCCCCAUAUCACCAGCCGCCGCCGAUGUUGCCCGUCUCCCUUCCGACCUCGGUGGCGAUUCCCAACCCCGGCUUGCACGAAUCUCAGGUCUUCUCGCCCUACAGCCCCUUCUUUCAUGGACCAAGUCACGGACACCACAUGGCGAUGCAGGCAUCGUCAUCACCACCUCGCAUGCACAAAAUCGAGCGAGAAUCGCCUCCGAUCCACCAUCCCCCAACGCUCCUGCAUCCUGCUCUCUUAGCUGCUGCCCAACAUGGAGGUUCUCCCGAUUACGGACAACUAAGGGCGCCGUCUGGGGGCAUGAACAUGGACAACGGCGAUAGAAAUUCAGAUUGUAACUCAGGGGACAUCGCCUAUGAUGGAAUGCAGCCUACUAUAUCCUUUUUAUGCAAAGAUUUUAGUAAAAAUCUUAGUAGUCACCAUACGAAUAUUUCCUUAACUCCUGAGCACUCGUCAACAUUGACACCGAUGCAUCUCAGGAAAGCAAAACUGAUGUUCUUCUGGGUUCGGUAUCCGAGCUCAGCAGUACUAAAAAUGUAUUUCCCCGACAUCAAGUUUAAUAAGAAUAACACUGCCCAGCUGGUCAAGUGGUUCUCAAACUUCAGGGAGUUCUACUACAUCCAAAUGGAGAAGUACGCCAGACAGGCAGUCUCAGAGGGUGUAAAGAACGCUGACGAUCUGCAUGUCGGUGGCGAUUCCGAAUUAUACCGGGUGCUCAAUUUGCACUACAACAGAAACAAUCACAUCGAGGUAUGGGGACCUCAGGUUCCUUCAAACUUCCGGUUCGUCGUGGAGCAAACGCUCCGGGAGUUUUUCAAGGCUAUCCAGGAGGGCAGGGACGCCGAGCAGUCUUGGAAGAAGUCAAUCUACAAGAUUAUCUCUAGGUUGGACGACCCAGUCCCGGAAUAUUUCAAAUCCCCCAAUUUCCUGGAGCAGUUGGAGUGACCGGUUGGCCGAACCGAAGAGCCGGUACCCAAUGGUAACCACUGGUUACCACGAAGUACCAUCCGUUAGACACGGCAAAAACACCAGAGAGAAUCGGUGACACGUGACAAAACUGUCAACAGUUUAUGUUGUUUUGCUGAGAAUAAGCUUGGAGGACGCCGCAGUGACGCCAUCUUCGAAACUUGUUCCGGACACUCUUGUUAAAUAGUUGUGUUUAGUUGACAGAAAGACAAUUUUAUCGCCUCAGGCUUUAUGUUCGUUCAGACGAACAGUGAACACAAAUCAAUCAAUUUUCCAGUGAUUACCUGAAUAUUUACCGGAUAGAAUUUUAUGACGUCAAGUCUUUCUUUUCUUUUCAACCAGCAGUCAGCAAGUUCAAAAUCUGCACUACAAUUGCGUUACUUCUGGCAUGGUUACUUUCAGCGCCACUGUAAACUGCCCACCCUUUUCCCACUUGUAUAUAACGCGACUUGUACAUAGUAUUUAUCACGUAAUUUUAUUUAUGUCUUGUAUUAUUAUUAUUAUUUGAACCAAAGUUUUUGUUUUACUAGUCCAACGUAAGAUUAUUCCCUUUUGAAUUUUCUUACGUACAUGAAGUACUACACUUUGAGUUAAUAAUAAUACACUCGGAGUGCAGUACCGAAAUGAUUUAUUGCAGCAAUUACACUUUGUAUCAAAUACAAUCAGCAAGUCUAAUUUCUGUGAUUCAUCCCAUUAUUAUAUUAUGUAGGUAUGCCUUGUUUUGUAUUUAUUUUGUAUCCUUCUCUAUCCCACUUCUGUUUUAACCGUUCUGUUUAGUUUUAGACUAGUUGCUAUGUUUUAAUUUUUGUUAGCAUACCUACCUAAUAUUACUCUUAUUUUAUUUUAUAACUGAAUUAAUUUUAAUCACUUGCACAAUCAAAUAGUGUAGGAUCUACACGAUGAAUGCAAAUACAGUGUGAGGCAACUAGUCAGUAAAAAUAAAUCGUAUUAUCUUUAUUUUGCUUUUUGUUUUUAUUUUUGUUUGUUUCAAGACAGUUUACAGUGUGAUAAUAUUUCGAGUACAAUAAUUUUGAGCCAUAAAUCGUAAAUUGUACAUAAAUUUCGUGCUCAUGGUUUCCUUCACAUCCCGCAAUAGUUGAAGUCACGAACAAUCGGAGGUCCCGAGAGCUCUUAACUUAGCCUUCGACCGAAGGCUAGGAAAUCGUGAUUUUGCUGUUCCUAAAAAUCCUAUAUUCGAUAUACUGCCGAAAUUGUAAGACUGCCAUUCCAUUACGAUUUAUUUGUAGAUUUUGUUAUCGUUAGAUGUUGAGUUUCUUUUCAAAAUUGAUCGUUUGGAUGUUUGUGAUCUUACGUUGGCUUUCAGUUGGUUCUCGGGACCUAAAUCGGUACAUUACAUUAAAAAGUUGAAAAACCAAAUUAAAAAAUUAGAGUAAUCUAAAUAGUUAUUUAUUAAGAUUUAAAGUAUAUAACGUUGUCGACUGUAAAGUACCCGAAAAUGCUGAUGGUUUGCAAACAAGCAAACGCUCGACCCUUCAAAUCCAAAUAAUGGUUAUUAAUGAAAAUAAUAAAUACUUGAUGUAAAUAAGCUUUUCUCCAAUACAAUAGUUGUUCGUCUGGUAGCUAAUGCACAUAUUCGGUGUUGAUUUCAAAUAUAUUAAGAAAUAGCGGGUCGAGUAUUCUUCAAGUACAAAGUUUGUGAACCGUUGGUAUGUGACAAAGGGAUAAUGAAGAGACCUAAGUGCUUUAAUUUAAAAUUGUUGUUUAGAACGAAUCCUGCAGAUUUUUACUUGGCGGCGGGCUGGUGGUAAUGAUGAGCAAGAAGGAAUGAUAGAAUUAAUUACACGUAAUAAGGUGACGUUCGUAGUUUCGGUGGUAGGUGAAGGGUUCUCUUCUUGUUUAUGAUUGCGCCAUCAGUUCGUGUACUUGACAAUGAAGACCUCAAAAAGUUACUGUUGGUUUUAACAAUUCACCCAACUUUAACUUGAAAUCUCACAGCUUUACCAAUGAUGAUGAUUAUAAAUGCUGAUGAACUAAAAAAAUAAAAGAAUACAUGAAAACAAAAGAGCUAGUGAGCUCACCUCAAUUCGCGAGAAGCCGAAGGCUGACCGAAUUGUUGAAGACAAAUCUAACAGAUGAAUUCAGAAAAGGCCUGAAUAAGGUCCCGGAGGAAUUACAUUGCUUUCUGGAUGAGACUGUCUAAGUAAUUUUUGAGGUCGCUCCAAGAGCCCCACCGGGGUUAGUAGUGUAGUAUCCCUUCCUUAGGUAGGACCCCCAACAUGAUUCCGAUUCCUUUAUUGACAUUCUUAUUGCAACUUUUGGCCAUUUCGAAAACAUCUUAUUUUGAAUUAUAAGUUUUGCAUCGUUUGGUUCCAUAUGCACACACAUUCGGAUGACAUCUUGGCACGGGGGGCAAACUCCGCGGAGGCCACGGUAUGCGUGUGGAGGUCGUUAUUCUUCUUGUUUCGUUACAGGAGGAUUCUGCUUUACAGGUUCAAAACACUGUUCGGAAAAAACGUUUAGGUCACCGGUUCAAAAAUGAUACAUAAAAAUAUCACGAAAAAAGUACAAGCUUAUUUUUAAGCACCUCUGCGCCUUAAAAUUAAAUUUCGAAGCAAAAAUGAUAUGAGUGUGUAUAACCAAAAUCUGCCUUAUUCUAUUUUCUUAUGACGAAAAUCUCCUACCGUUAUAGCGCUAUUAAUUUGCUAGUGUGUAUCGUUCUUCAUCACCUGACACUGACGAUUUUUAACCGUUUCCAUAAAAUUAAUUAUCAACUAAUCUAGUCCAAUAUGUAAUACAUAGAAUUUUGUGUGGGUUGUAGUAUACAUGUACAAUUGUUGGUAAACCGCCGGGUGUCUCCGUUAAAUUCGCCUCAGUUCCCGCUUUCUUUGCGAGCUCUGUUGCGUUACCGUUAUCGUUGCGUUACAGCGUAGCCACUAGUCGUCGACAUGUUGAUUUACCGUGUCCGGUCGCGUCACGACCGCCAAACCUUCGCCCCCGCGCCCAAUUAAUCGUAGUGUAUCCGGGGGGCGGAGGCGUCGCGACGCACGACGUCAUCCCUUCAACGACAGCACCUCCACCACCACUGAUGAUUUCGUUACGUAGCAAACAUUGUUUUGCGGCAGGAUCGGUCCUCGGGAGCGUUCUCAACCUGAAAUAGUCACAAAAGAGCCACACUGAAACUGAAACAAUAGCAAAUGAAGGCAACCAACCAAAAAAAUGCAGUUUAUCGAAAUUUUCUAAACCGGAUACUUACUCAUUCAAAAAUUCCACUGGGCCAAUUCGUCCGUUCAAAAAGUGCCUUCAAAGUUGUUUUUACGAAAAAAAUUACAAAUUAAGGGCCCUAAAUAGACACAACGCCCAACCAAAACUCUUCCGGGGACUUGCUCUGCCGACUGUACUUUUGCUCGGUUUCCACCAGAGACACUCGGUUACAUAAACAUAAGAUUAUUUCAUAAAUAUUAUAUUGUUAUGCUAAGGUGGCCGAAACGAGGUACUCUCUCGCCCAGGCUAUACUAUUUGUGGUAUAUAGUAACUUUGAUGAUUAGAAGUAGAUAAUAAACAUACAGAUUCAAUGGUUUCAGUUACCCGUGUUACACAGAUUACGUUAGCUGUUAUUGUUAUUUGUUAAGGCAAACGCAACUGUAACGUCUUCUUCGACAACCGGAUCACUGGAAACUGACAUGUCCCACACCACUUGAUAGUGUACGACACACGAUUCCGUUUCCAUCCUUCCGAGAAACUUCCGAUUCGCUUUAAAUCCGAAAUUUUGGCCGUUCUCUCAGCCGACGGUUUCCAAUAUACACGUGCAAUACGAAGAAACGUCGAUAUGGUUGCGUUCGCCAUCCCUAUUAAGUUUAAUUUCACGUCACCAGAUGACUCUUUGGUCUUCCUUGUUAAUACUCGACAACGACACAAUGUGACAAUCGUCAUGUUCAAGCCACUGAUAUUGUAUAAACGUUCGGCAUCUAAAUUUCUGGAAAUGCGACUGCUCAAGUCGCAUAGAUAUUUUAAAUCAAAUUUACCACUCAUUUGGCUAUUGUUCACAAAUAAUUUUAGGUUUAAAUUUGUAGCUCGAAAUUGGGCAUUUGACGAUCCAACUCUUUAAAGAUGGAUCGAUCGACCAGUCGGGCUUAAUCUCGGGUUGAAAAGUGGCAGGUUGUCGAGAUGGGUCACAGUCACUGGUGUUAAGCGCCACGAGGCUCCGAACUACAGUAUAAUUAUAAGGUUAGGCAUUGCGUCGAUAGAGAAUCGAAUAAGAUUGUAUAUUUAGUACAAAAAUGUGAAAAAAUCGAGAUAGCUCAAAAUUUAAUUUCUCGCUCCCAUCUCUAAAUCGAUCCGAUGGUUUAUAUGUGUAAAAAUUUAAGAGUAUUUUUAUAUUUAUAUUGGUGUAAAUCAAAAUUUGGUAUUGACAAAAUUAUUGUAGAGAUUUUAGGUUGAUAAAUUUAAUAAAAUUAAGAUUUAGGAAUUUUUAAAUGAAUUUGUAUAUAAAAAUUUAUAUAUAAUAUAUAGAGGGAUGGUUCAGAGAUGGGUGCUAUGUUGGUAUAUGCGUUUGCAUGGGGACGUGGCGACGUAUACUAUACUAUAUACGUACAAAGUACUCAUAGUGUGCGAUGAUAGCACUUUCCUACGUUGCUUUUGUUUAUUUAGCGUGUGCCGUAUCCAUGUUACAUUAGACAAUUUUACUAUUUGGUGUACAGCAAUUGUUUCGACCCCCAGAAGGCUCAGGCCCCACGGGAUAGUCGAGAUGUUGUGACUGUGUUUUCAUUGAGCAGUAUAAUAAAUAUAUACAUUUAUUUGGAA